GGCUCGAUUGAGCGAACUCGCAACUGUAGCGUUUAUGUUGUUAGCUAGCUUGGCACAGUUAGCUAGCAAAGGCAGCCGGGGGACACAAUGAAUGACUUAUUAUUAUCGCACAAUUGUUAGACCUACCGAUCUAGCUACCAGUAUUUUUUUUAAUCGAAAGCAGCUAUUUAGAUACGUAACGUCGGUUGCGUAUAAAUACAGAGCGUUAUGCUAUCUUGUUGAUAUCUAUUGCUUGCUUCCCAUUGUUUCCGUUAGUAAUGGUUUUAAUGAUGGAAUCCCAAUGUGAAUAUUUCAUGUAUUUCCCGGCUGUUCCUAUAUCAGAUUUGUCUGAUCCCGCUCGAUACCGUUCACUUCCACGUCGCAGUCACCUCUACCUUGGUGAGACUGUGCGUUUUUUGCUCGUCUUGCGCUCACAAAAUGGUGCGUCUGGGCUCACAAGCAGCGGGGGUGUGGACAAUGUCACCGGGUCGGAGCACCCCAACAGUAGGGCUUGGAGGGACCUUGCUAAUUCUCUGUGCGCGGUUGCAAGUGUCUGUCCCGGCGAUAGCCGUAAGCGACAUAUGUAUCAUGAUUAUCAUAGCAGUGGGGACGAGGGUAUGGAUGAUGCUGAUGAAGAUGACAUGGUUGAUGGUGGUCGAGGGGGGUCAAAAAAACGUGGAUUCCGAGAAUGUAAACCGUUGCUUAUUCACAACAGUCCGGGUAACGGUGUGCGAGAAUUCCGCAAGGCACCCUUGCAGUCCCCUGUAGAUGAGCCUGUGGUUCUAAACGAUGAGGUCAUUUUCCCGCUCACUGUGUCUCUUGACAAACUUCCUGUCAGUACGCUCAAAGUUAAGAUCAUAGUGACCGUUUGGAAGCAGGAAGAGGAGCGGUCUGAGAUCCAGGAUCACGGUUACCUCAGCAUCUUACAACAGAAAAGCCCCUGUCAAACCUUCCACCAAGAUCUGAACACUUUCAAAGCCCAAGUCAGCACCACACUGAAUGUCCUGCCUCCCCCCAGCCUGAGGUGUCAGCAGAUGACUGUAUCUGGGAAACACCUAACUGUCCUGAAAGUCCUGAAUGGGAGCUCCCAGGAGGAGGUAUGUGUGCGCGACAUCCGGAUCCUGCCCAACUUCAACGCCUCUUAUCUUCCUAUGAUGCCUGAUGGCUCAGUCCUGCUGGUUGACAAUGUCUGCCACCAGUCUGGGGAGGUGGGCAUGGAGUCUUUCUUCAGGAUGGAGAGCAUGUCGAGCCCCCUGCCCAGCAUGCUGAGUGCUCUGGAGGAGCAGAACUUCCUCUUUCAACUGCAGCUGAAUGAUCAGCCACAGGAGGAUACUAACGAGGGUCUGGAAGUACCGCUUGUGGCUGUCCUUCAGUGGUCCACCUCCAAACUCCCCUUCACUAACUCCAUCUACACUCACUAUAGCUUGCCCAGUGUGCGGCUGGACCGUCCUCGCUUCAUCAUGACCGCGAGCUGCCCUAGCGCAGUGAAGGCACGAGAGCACUUUCGGGUCCGAUACACGCUGCUCAACAAUCUGCAGGACUUCCUGGCUGUGCGGCUAGUUUGGACACCAGAGGGCCGAGGUCAUAAGGAGGACCCUGCUGUCAACGCCGUGGUGUGUCACUCCCCACUCAGUAACCUUGGUUACUGUCGCAAGGGCAGCACACUCUCUGUCACAGUGGCCUUUCAGAUUCUGAAAGCUGGACUGUUCGAGUUGAGCCAGCACAUGAAGCUGAAGCUGCAGUUCACCGCGUCCGUGUCCAACCCUCCCCCCGAGGCUCGGCCACUCUCCCGCAAGAGUAGCCCCUCGAGUCCAGCCGUGCGCGAUCUGCUGGAGCGCCACCACCAGGCCAGUCUGAGCCUCGGCCGCUCGCAGUCCUUCUCCCACCAGCAGCCCUCAAAGUCUCACCUCAUAAGGACUGGCAGUGUUAUGGAGCGCCGAGCCAUCACCCCGCCGGUCGGUUCUCCCGUGGGCCGUCCACUCUACCUCCCCCCCGAGCGCAGCGUCCUCUCCCUGGAUAAGAUUGCCAAGCGGGAGUGCAAGGUGCUGGUGCUGGAGGCAGCCAGAUAAACUCCCAUCCCCCCAGAAAAACAUCCUCCCUCUCCACUCUCCACUAUUGUAUAACACACUGGAUUACCUGUAUUUUAGGUGUUAGGGGAAAACGGGAACAGAAUAUGUAAAUGUAUUAACUUAUGAGAACUUGAAAACAACACGUUUAUUGGAACCCUCUGUUAUUUAGUGGUAAUAGUAAGAGAAGUAAUAUUUCCGUCUUCACAUUUCACAUGGAUCUCUUAAAUGUUGAUGUUGAUUUUUCAGAAAAGGUCCUUUGCUUUAUGUUUACUGUUGUUUGGUGAAGGGGCUCUUUAGCUGAACAAAAUGACCACAUGUAUGUAGGCAGACAGACAGACACACCACACACACACAGCACACAUUCCUGAUACACCAGAGCCCUUCCACCGACUCAACACACACACACACACACACACACACACACACACACACACACACACACCAGUAUACCAGCUCAUAGUCAUGCUGUCUUUGGAAUGCCGUAAAAGACAUAUGGGCCGUGAGGAGACCCAUAUGUCUUAUGAGGCCACAUCGACAGCACAAUCCAAACAGACUCUCACCCGUUCGUAUUUACAAUGUUAUUUCUUUUUGUGUGUGUGUGUCUGUGUGUGUGUGAGAGAAAGGGAGCAGCUAAGAGAAGCAUAUGGGCCAAGAGGUGAAAUGGUGAGUCUGACUGCAUCGUGACUGCAUCCAGUCUGUAGUCUGUGUGUAUUUAUGCGUGCGUGUUGUGGGUGGAGGGGAUGGGGCUCUGUGUUUGCUGACAGCUUCCUGUCAGACUGUAUUUUGUUCUCUCAGCCCAUUGGUGGGCUGACUCAUGUCGCCACACUGGAAUCUGUUUUUUUUUUUUGCUGUUGUUUUUUUGCAUUUAACUGUAGCCUCAAGAAAUGGGUGGUUGAACUCCUUUAUUUAUUUCAUCAGGUGUUGUUGUUUUGCGCCUGCAAUAAAUGCAUCUCAAAGCACUUGCACUCCGUUAACAAACAAAGCUAACAUUUCUCCCUCGCUCACUUCAUUCCUGGGUUUUUGCUUUUGAGUGUUCUUAUCCAACACUUACACAUACUCACUUCCUGUGUUAUUUUAUUUUGUUUGUGUGCCAGUGUGACUUUUUAAUGUGCUCCUUUUAAUACGCUCCCACCACCCACUGCCUCUUGUUCUGCUCGGUAGUGUGCCAGUUGCAUGCCUUUUUGUUACUUACCCUCCUGUGACCAAAACGCCACACACACACACACACCACCACCUCCGGGCCCGUAAGCAGGGGCAUUGAGUCGUGUCAUCUUGCUCCCAGCUUUGCCUUAUUGUCAGACACCAUUUUGAUGUAUUCCGUCCGCAACAUUCCUCUUCCCCCUCACCCUCCUGCUUUCCUGUUGUCACACGGUGGUUGGUUGCACCCACCUCCCACACAACCCCCUCCGAAUGGUCAUCCAUGACGCAUUCAUCAUCACUGAACUGUGACCGCAGACUCCGGACCCCCCCCUCCCGUCCUUUGCCAUAGAGAGCUGCCCACGAAUGUGCUACCCAGUGCCACUGCCUGGGGACUUUAUUGGUGAUCAGUCGGCUGUCACUAGGGCUAGAGUGCAUGUAGGCAAGUUCAUUGAUUUUACAGCACCAUGUACAUGCUGACAGCUGUGUCUGAAUCACGAAGCUGCUGAAAGAACCUCAAUACUGGCUGGGCAUUUCACUGUGGGAGGCUUACUAUGGGAUGUUCUUGUAUAGUGAAGCAUUGCACUUCCUGUAAAGUAGACUUCAUAUUUUGCCGUAGACUUUUGUGCACUUUUCAGGGAGUCUGCAGACAAUCCAAUGCAAAUCUGUGACAGGCCUGUUCAAUACUGGUCAAUAGCAUUUCUGUGCUGUCUUGGACCCUUGAGUUCUGUGCGGAUGUUUACAUGUCUGCUUCUUUUUCUUUUCUAGCUUUGUAGCAGUAUCCUUUAGCCUCUUUUGUUGCAGUGCAACACAUUGUUGGAUGUUUUGAAUGUAUGAGUAAUGGUUUUGUUUUUGUUUUAAGUUUCAAAUGUGCAGCUGCUGGAGAGAGAUUCGCUCCUCUGUUUUCCAUUAGUCCUUCCAUUUCAGUCGUCUACAGCACAUGAGGAGUCAAGACAUCUGACAGGGGUUUCGUUUUUAUUAUUUCCAAGGGGAUUUUAUUCUAUUCAAGCACUUUAUUUUUACAGAUUUAAGUUAUUACUCUUAUGAAAACAAAGACGUUUUGUCAGUGAUGUCAAUAUAUAGCCUCCCUCUACUGUCUUUCUUUUGAACUUGUUUUAAAGAGGGUUUUGGUUAUACUUGUGUUGAAUGUGUGAAAAAUGUGAUCUUCUGGUCCUUGUGCUUGAAUAAAUAUAUUCAGG